CAGAGGCCAUACAAGUGUAAAUUUGAAGGCUGUGAUAAAUGUUUCUCCAGGCCAUACCAUCUGAAACGUCAUGCAGCUAUCCACUCAGGAAAGCAGGGUUCAUUUAAGUAUGGUGCAUUUUGUUAACUUUUCGUAAAAAGAUUAAAAAGAAGCGAUUUUUUAAAACCUUUGGCCAUAAAAACUGCUAUAAAAGAAAGCGAUUUUGAAAAACAUUAAAAAAAAAACACAACAAUGUUUCGACUUUCUCAGGCGUCAUUAAAAAAAUUAGAAAAUGGUGUAUGUGUGUUCUAAAUGUAUAAAUUAUACAAGAAAAAAACAAUACAUGUUGGAGGUCAUUAAAAGAAAAGUUACAUACUAUGUUACAAGUGAAACAAAGAGUUUCACACCAGUGGAGUCAUUCUGCAUUUAUCACAUUUAAAAAUAAUGUCACUUAACCCUUUAAGUCCUGAUAGUGACCAAGAUCAAUUUUCUCCUAACAAUAUCCAUAUGUUACCAAGAGAAAUAGUUAUGAGAGUUAAUAAAAUGAUCAACUAAGAGAAAAUGCUUUGAUCUUCUACCAAAUUCUCUCAACUUAUUCCUUAACCCAUUCGCUCCUGGAGUUUUUGCUGAAAAACGCUUUUUGAAGCUAGUCGAGUGGUUUUCUGGUCACUGUCGUGCUAUAAAGAGCUAAAACUUACCACAAACCGGUUUACAGGUCGUACACUUCAUGGCCUUCUGAUCCAGAUGCAAAAUAUCAGCUUGUGAAGUUCGGGCAUGCGCAGAAAGCAAAAUUUCGACAUAGUUUUUGGGUUUAAAAGUGACACAGCAGUCUUGGCUUUUACUUUUCGCUUUCUCUCCUCCCCUCUUUUUUCACUUUUCUUGCCUCAUUUUUUUUUUCUCUUGCUGGGCAUUUAGUAGGCUUCAUUUUGGUGGGAAUAGUUUUUAGGAAAGCUUUUAGGAUCUUAGGAUUAGGUGAAAGGAAAGGUAGGUGGGCAAUGGAACAAGGUUUUCAUGGAGAUUUUCAGGUCAAUGUUACAUGGAUUUUUGCCUCUUUCUCCGGUAUCCUUGACUGAAUUGUGCUCAUUCUGGUGUGGUUUGAAAGAUCUCUUCACUCUGCACAAGUUAGCGGGCAAAGUUGUUCUUGACUGUUAAAACUGAUGACAUCACAAAGGGUAGAAAGGACGUGGAUCCGCACGGGCGGUUACGGGUGGUUCAGGGGCGAAUGGGUUAAGGAAAUGUAUAAAGACCAGUUUCGAGAAUUUGUAUGUCGAUAUUGGGGCUUAAAGGGUUAAGAAUGUUACUGACUGCUUUGUUUGUCUUGCUUGUUUAAAAUGUAUGAUAACCAGAUGCUCCCAUCCUGGGUGUACAAAAACCUUUUCUGAGAAGCAAAACUGGAAAAGACAUGAGCAGAGGUCUCACAAUCAGCCAUUCAAGGUAUAAGAUGCUACUAAAUGUUAAUACUUAAGGGAUAUUAAGAUCCAACCACCACAAUGGCAGCAAGACCAUGAAAAAAGUAAUAGGUAACUUAAUAAACAAAAAAACAAAUUUGAGACCCCCCAAGUCUCAUCAUUCUUCUGCGAGUCUCACAGUUUCUUUUUUCACUUUUCUCAGAGCCUUACAAAACUCCCAAUUUCACAUUUUUUUCGGCAAAUAUAAUAAUUAUAUUAAUAGUUAAUUCACCCAAUGAAAAAAGGUUUACAAGUUUAAUUUUGAGUGGGAAAAAUUAACUUCUCACUUUUUGUAGAAUCUCCAGAUUUUUUUUACAUGAGUCUCCAGAUUUUUCUUUAUCAGGGGUUGACAGGUCUGAACUUUGCAUGAGCCAGGACACCUUUUUUUACAUUUUAAUUCUUUGCUGUUGCUUAUUCUUUAGUACAAUAUAAAAAUGUCUAAUUUUGCACGUACAUGUAUGGAGGAGGCAAACAAUAAACUUUGGUGAAAUUUCCCUUCUCUUUCUGAACUUGGAUAUGGUUCUUAAAAUCUCAUAUCAUCUCCAGGAGAGUUCACCUUCCUUUGACAAAGUAAAUGAGUUAGAGUAUUUGUAACGAAAAAUUAAAAGAAAGCAAACUCACUUUUUAAGCGAUGUUGUUGCUGCUGUCACCAUGCUUGGAUCAUAACAUCCCUAAUUCAGUGGAGCCUUGAUGUAAUGAAGGGCCUUGGCAAAUGAAAUUAUCUUUGCUAUAACAAGGUUUUGUUAUAUUGAGGUUCUUUUCUAUAUAUUUUCUAUUACUGAGGUUUAAAAAAUAGUUCAUUAUACCGAUCGAGGACUUUAUUAUAAUAGAAGUUCGUUAUAUCGAGGUUCCACUGCAUUAUUGUUAAAAACGUGUUACAGUACAUUAGGAGGGUUUGUAGUAAAGUUCAGUGGUAUACAAUGAAGAAAACUACAAUCUCUAUCUUCUGUACGUUUUACUUUUUAUACUUUCUAUUUUUUAAAAUGUGCAUGAAGGCCUUCUAAUAGAGGGCCAAGGCACUAGGUAUUGUGUGGGAUUUUCAAAAAGUCACAUUUUGGGCAAAAAAGGUGUGUGGUAUAUCUCUUGAGACUGUACAUUAUAUGUAGAUUUAGCAUGCAGUGUACAACACUUUUGUUUUGUGGAAUACUAACACUAGAUUCACAAAAAAAUGGAAUACUGUUUAAUUACACAGAAUCUUAGAAACUUCCAGAUCUUGUUGCCUAAAAACAUAGCAAGUACUGCAAAGAACAGCAGAAUAAAACUUGACAGAUGACAUCUGCUAUAUUUGAAGAAUACAAAUGUAUCUGCUGGACUAAACAUCCCUUUACAUCCUGAAAUUGCCGUAAAACAGGCAAAUGAAGAUGGGACUUAACAUCGAUCAAGGUACAUUUAAGCAUAAUUUUUUAGCUUGUUUUUAAACCAGGAUUUUUUUAAUGAAAAAUGAAACAAUAUUAGUGGAUUUGGCUUUUACCUGAUCGGAAAAAUUAUUCAGAUCUUGGAGGGUGUUGUUCACCUCUGCCAAAACAUCCUUCCUCUGAUCUCCAUAAUUCAUACUCAGCCUUGUCUAAUACCUGUUAAUUAUCAUUAUGAUUAAACCAUUAUCAUUAUCCUGUCAUUAUCAAUAUUAGCUCUCAUUAAGAGGCAGGAUGCAAAGAAAAUCAUUUUUAACAGCUUGCCAUUCGGGCAAGCUGAAACUAGCAUUUCCUAAAGCCCAGACAUCAUUUUAACUAGCCCCAAAAACUUUUGACGAGCAGAAUUAAUUUCACAGUUCUACUGUUAUUCAGAUUCCUCAAAAAACAUCACUUGCCCAGCAGGCAAGUUAAAAACAGAAUUCACUAGCCCUAUAGCAAAAUCCACUAGCCCCGGGCUAUCGGAGACUACUUUCUUUGCAUGCUGGGCUGGGGAUUUCCCCCAGCUACUAUGAAUGUGACCCCCAGCUACUUUCAAAGGCAAAUAGAAGAAAAAUUGCCCCUACCCGGCAACUGAAAAUAUUAGUGAUAACCCUGCUGUAUCAUCAUAAAUUACUACAGUUUAACCUUUCCUUUGGGCUUUACUAUUCAAGGGACACCUCCAUUCAGGGAAAACAAAAUUUGGUCCCAAAAAAAUGUUCACAUGAUCUUUGUAUUUGUUACCUGUAUUUAAGGAAAACCUCUAUUCAGGGGUAAGGGACACUUGAUGCGCCCGAAACCCUGGUUUAUUACCUCCAUUAAGGGGACAUCUUAAGCACUCAAAAUGUGACUGAAAAAAACAGAACGCGGUUGAUAAGCCCAAGUGUACAUUAGCUAGUGACUCACAUGACAGAUUUCACAACAUGAACUAUCUCACUUUAAAUCAGUGUACUGCAGUUGUAGGAAUAGUAAACAUGCAAUAUUGUAGAGGCAAAUUUAUCAUAUUUUUUUUCAUACAUCUAGCUGCCUUAAAUAAUGAUGACAAGUAGAUUAUGAGGCAGUAUACAAAAAUAGUUUAUUGUUCCUUACAUGUAUUAACAGAUCCCAGCCCAACCUCUAUUCAGGGGACAUUUGCCUUGGUCCCAAGGGUGCCCUCUGAAUAGAAGUUUUAUGGAGUUAAAUGAAUAUUUAUUUAACAUGUAGUUAAUGACAAGGAGCACAGGCAUUUUCAGCAGUCAGUGGUUUGGCUCAAGCGUGGUCGGCCUUGCUUUCAUCACCUCCAUGUGCUCUGUACAGCGUUUUCCUGGCGGCCAUUCUCUUUGUUUAGCCUUUGGAUCAUUCUUUUACCCCCAUCCCCCCACCCCCUCCGUUAUUGUUCCAAUGUUAAUCAGUGUGACAGGUGCCUGGUUCCGAUUGGCGUGGGGGCUCAUGCUGGAAGGUGAGCGUUUGCCAGCCAUGGGGGCAUAACUCUGUCUAGGGUGGAAACCCCUGGACAUCCUGGGCACCUGCCUCAACUAAGCGACGCAGUUGUUAAACUAUAUUAUUGUUGUAAUGUUGUAAUUUUUGUUAAGAUUUCCUGUUGCUUAUGAGAUCUACGCUUUGAUUUGAACAAUGUAUAAUGCAAAAAAUUAAUAGGUGUUUCUUUUUGUUUUAGCUUGUUAGGCAUACAUGUAGUUACACUGUGUAUUUGUCAUGUUUGGUACCUGCAUUAAAGCUAAAGUUUUUUCCCCUUGUUAAAUGGAUUAGUCUCAUAGUACAUGCAAUAAUCUCAUAGUGCACUGAGGAAACACGAUGAAAAAAUUAUGUCUUGUAAGUGACUUACAUGUGUACUGCACAAUGUACUUUUUCAAGAGUGGUGCCUAACACAUAUUUUUUUAACCAAUUACUGUUGUAGUUUUAAUUGUUACAUGUACCUUUUUAGUGUGGAUAUGAAGGAUGCAACCAGUCUUUUAAGAAGAGCAGACAGUUGAAAAAACAUACCUGUCUCCACACAAAUGAAAGUCUAUUUACGUAA